AUGCCCCACCUUCCGAGAGCUUCUGCUCUUUCAGCUUUCCGCGCAGCUCCCCAACUUCGCGCUCCUAUCAACAAACGCUUCUUCACUCCUUCGGCAUACAACAUGGCCAUCAAGGCUUACUUUGAUUGCUCCUGGACCGGGCCCACCGUUGAGGUCGACAACGCCGGCAACGUCACCAGCCAGGGCAAGGUUGAGGCGCAAUCCGGUCGCGUCAACUUCGAGCUCUUCGACGAUGUCGUUCCCAAGACGGCUGAGAAUUUCCGCGCCCUCUGCACCGGCGAGAAGGGUUUUGGCUACCAGGGCUCAAAGUUCCACCGCGUGAUUCCUCAGUUCAUGCUCCAGGGUGGUGAUUUCACCCGCGGCAACGGCACUGGAGGCAAGUCCAUCUAUGGCGAAAAGUUCGCCGACGAGAACUUCAAGUUGAAGCACGACCGCCCCUUCCUCCUCUCCAUGGCCAACGCUGGCCCCAACACCAACGGUUCCCAAUUCUUCAUUACCACCGUCGUUACCUCAUGGCUGAACGGCAAGCACGUCGUCUUUGGCGGUGUUCCUGAUGGCGAUGUCGAGUCCUACAAGGUUGUCCGAUCAAUCGAGGCUUGCGGCUCCGACAACGGAAGCAUCAAGUACAAGGACGGCCCACCUACCAUCACUGGUGCUGGCGUCCAGUAG